AGAAAGUGCAGGUUCUGUUUGGAGCUGCCUCAAAGCUUUAAGAGCUGACCCCGGGGAGAUUCCAUCACUCUCUCAUUCAGACCUUCUUCAAUCUACCUCUUCAGUCUUAUGAUGAUCUAAUUGUCUCGCCAAAUGGCUCCCGUCCCGGAGGCCUAUUUCCCGUCCCUGGACAAGUGCUUCUCUGGGGACGUUCAACUCUUGUCUUGGAGACGCGCAUUUGUUUAUGUCAACGACCCAAAAUCACCCGCCGACAAUGGGGGCAUUAUCACAGCCUUCCUGUCGCAUCCCGAAAGCAUCCAGCUGCUGUCGCGCAGCGUGAGCUCUUUCCCCGAACCUUCCACCCAAUCCAAAACCGAGUUCAAUUCAAAGACGGCCGCGAUUCAUGUCGAAACGAAUGCGAAGAAAUCCUUCGAUCUCCAGGAAAUCAAGGCCGAUGCACAAUGGCUCAGUGAAAAAGCAAGAAUCGACGAGAUCACCGCUCUGCGUAUCGUCGUCCUCGAAUGGCAGAACCGCCCUGCGGCUCGCCUAACAACAACAUUCUCUAGCGAAGAGGCUACGAGCUUGCAAAGUGCAGCAGGCUCGGAUAACCUGCGAGUGUCGGUGGCUGGCCCUAACUUGGCGAGCAUCUUGAAGCAGACCGCUGGCGAUGCAGGAUCGUCCACUUUCGACACAGAGGAAAGCAGGCGCUUACGACUGCGCGUCUUGUAUCUGUCAGAGAGAAGUCAUCUCUUGAAGACAUCUCGCAAGCUACUCGCGCUAUCGUACCAUACGCCGACCCCCCUCAACACAUGUGAAAAUGAGUUGGUCAAGCUGGGAACUGCAAUUUUCCAAGAGAAAUCUACGGGUCAAGGUCUAUACAAGCUUCUUGAAGCAUGCAUCACCGCGGUCCAGAGUCGGCUACAAGAGCUGGAGUCAAGUGGCUCCUGGCUGGGAGCCGCGGAAAGUAAUGAAGAGACGGAGGAUAUCUGGAGAACUACCCUGGUGGAGGAAAUUGUUCACAUUCUUCAGAUCAUGUUCCACCAACUGCGUGCAUCGCAGGCUGUUCCUUGUGGGGCUCUUCUACUUUCAUGGCUCGAACUCAUGACUGAGUAUGAUUUCUUGGAGAGGCUACAAGUGCCCUGUGAACAACCGACAGAAGUCUUGAUGCCCGUUCAAUCAUUCGUUUCAUUGACCACCUUGGCGUUCUUAAAAGUCCCAGUGGCCUUCGAUUCAAUUCUCAACAAAAAAGUGCCCGAGACAAUCCCUUCAGGAGAAGCGGCCUAUUUCCUGUCGAAGGAUACUAUUUCCAAGACUAGUGAAAUCCUGGUGGGCGCUUCCCUCCACCAGCUGAGCACUGUUCACCCUGCCGGCUUUUCUUGGGGGUUGCUUCUCAAUACUAUGAGCGAGGUGGCCUUGAAUGAUAAGAACGCUCGAGAACUCGAGCAGUGCAACCAUGCCGUGAACUCUUUCAACGCCAACAGACGUAACUCUGCACCUUCUCAGGGAUCCGAGGAUUCCUUGUAUGACACUCUCCUGGACUGUGCUCAAACGCCUCAAUUCGGUGGCGCGGAGACCGCGAUUGCGGAGAUGACAUGUGAUAUUGUCAAGGAGUCUGUAUUUAACUCAAUUGUCGCACUGUCCGUCAAGGCAGGUUCCAUUUCAGCAGUGGAUGACGAGUUGUCAGCUCGAUGGGUCCGGUUGGAGCUCCUCGACCUCAUUGAAGUAGCAACGGAAUUCCUGGACUAUUCACCGGAGAUCAUGGAGUCGGUACUGGGAAUAUUAACAGGUACUUCAAAUGGCCUCACAUGGCUUUCCACGAAAUCCCUGGGGCCUGAAACUGAUCCUAAGAUCGCCUUUGUCAACAAUGACCGAUUAAUGGAGAAGAUUUUCCACAUCGCGCGAUCUCGGUUCCCCUACGAAACCGUUCCUUUCCUGAGGCUUUGUCGCGCGCUGGUCAGCGGCCACUCUGUGAAUGAUGAUGGGCUGCCUCGAGUGCUAGAAGAGCUGGAAAACAUGGGGACCUUCACUCAAGUCGUCCCUCCAGCAUUUCAAGGAUAUGAAACCAUUCGCGAGGAUGAAAACGCCAACUUUGUGUCCCUUACCCGGUCUCUUCCGAUGUUUGAAGGCUCCUCGCAAAACCAUUUCCUCGAAACCGAGACAAGCAAUGCCUUGGUUGUCAGCGGAUCGUCUGAACUCCCAGCUUCAACCGUUGGUCAAGUCAUUUCUGAGUCAAGGCCUGCAGUUAUCAUGUGGCAGCAUCAGUAUUCCUGCCUGAGCUAUCUCGGCAGCUGGCUUGAGGAGUGGAGUGAAAGUGGUGCGGUCUCCUCGGGCUGGGAUGCUGAGUCUGCUACGGAGAUCAUUGGGCUCCUAGCGGAUCUCGUCGCCAGUGCAAGGGAUGUUCGCACCCAGGAUUUGGCAGGCACGACUGCUAAACGGAUCCUGGAGAUGGCCAGUGACGGUCUUUCUCGGCAGGGCGAUAUCAUUUCUGUUGUUUUGGACAUCUUCGAACGGAACUUGCAAAGCAUUGGCACUCAGAGUGAUGCUGCUAGUACCUUGGAUCCUAUCAUGGCUUGCAUGCGGUUCAUCCAAGAGGUAAUCAAGGUUCUCCCCAGCCGAGUCUGGCCCUUCUUCAGCCGCAGUAGCUUCAUUGGAUCGGAUGGACAGGGAGGGGUCAUGUCUGGAGUGAUCUCGUCAAUGGAAAUACCCUCUGGAGAAUAUCCGUUCCUCGUUAGCUGCGUCAACUUGUUCGAAGCAGCCAUAGAAGACGCGGCAUCUCGUGCUGUGCUGCGAAAGAGUCCCGGCAGCAUUGCUGGAAAGUCGACGAUAGUGUCCGACUCCAGCGCUGGAAUCCCUUCCCAUGUCAUGAGGAGUAUCUUGCUCAACUUCACCCGGAUAAUGGUCGAGAUCUUUAACAGCAACGGUAACUGGAGGUUCAAUUUCCCGGAACAGCGAUUCAAGAUCAACAGCAUGUUGGCUACCUCUUUUGACCGCAUUCUUUACUACGCCUACGGAGUCAACGAUAGCUCCAAGCUCGAAACCAAAAUUACCGGCGUUUUCUCCGCAUCAGCAGGAUACAUCCUCGACCUGCUUCGCCCUCGAUCUACCGCCGACCUCCCAUUCAACCCGAUCCUGCGGUUAAUCUCGGAUGGUCUCCAAACCCCGCCUACCCUCCAUAUGCGCUAUCUUGCCCUGAUGGAAACCCAGGUCAAUUCCACCUUGAACCUCUGCAUCAAGCUCGUACAGGCAGCGCGGCUUUCAGAACAGCCUGCAUCUCUGUUGGAAGAACAAUUGUUCAAGGCUGUCCCGGUUCUGGUGAAGCUGUAUGCACUACAUGAUGCCUUCCGGCUGCCGGUUGUGGGACUGCUAGAGAUUCUUAUUACCACCGCUGCAUCAAAUGCGAACAAUGAGCCACCGUCGCUUGUUGGUCACCUCGGCGCCCAGUCAUCAUGCCUUUUCCUUGAUGUGCUCUCGCAACUCGGCAAGCCGCUUGUCGAUGAUGCCCUGUUGCUUUCGGUCUGGCGCCUUCUAGCAACUUUCGUGAGCAAGCGCCAACAGUGGCUUGCAGUCUUCAUUCUCACCGGCGCAUCUCCCCGUCAAACCUUGAAGAAAUCUGACAAGGUGGAAGGCCCAGCUAUGCGGGGUACUCCGUUCUUACAGAUGGCCCUUGAUAAGCUUGCCAACAUUGACAAGGAAGAGCCCCAAGUCGCACUGGCUUUGCUGGAGUUUGUGUCCCGCGCGCAGGAGAACUGGCCAUGGGCUACCCCCCAUUUGAAGAAUCACCCUCAGUUCUUCACCAGCAUCGUAAACUAUGUUUCGAAGCUGCAGAUUUCGUCCUUGCCUGUUACAGACCAGAUCUUUGUCACCCGGAUUGCCGCUGUCGUUGCCGAUAUCUCUGCAGUCUAUCUCCACUCGGCCAAGGAAUCAAGGGACUGGAGCUUCGUCAAGACUCUUAUUCCCCUCGUUCAGUGGUACGCCAAAGAUGCCGUGGAAGUUUCUGCUUACAAUUAUUCCUUGCAUGCCAACCUGAAGAAGAAUUUCGAGAGCCGCUACACUGGCUGCAAGAUGCUUGACUUUAAGCGGACCCCACUCGCCAGUCGUAGCCUGGGAAGUGAUUACUAUUACGACCUUGGCAUGGGUCAAAAGUUACUGUCUUUCGACUUUGCCUGGACUGGAGGAAGUAGAAACCAGGGUUUCUCUGAAGAGUUUGCGCGUGCGAACAUCAACUUGUCGCUAGUUGAAGCACAAGUAUCUCUUCUAAAUAGCUGGAAAUUCUUUGCCAUCGAGCACUGUGCAGAUUUCAUGCCGGAUCGCGAAAUUCAAAAAUCUAUGGCAGUCGUGGCGCAGAAUUGUCUUGAAGCCAACACCCGCCACGUGCCCCCGGAGGCUAUCUUUGAGCGAAUCCAACAAGUCCGGGUUGACUUUGCCCAGGCUCUCCUUCAGCGCCUCGUAGAAGUGGAGUCCCAUGGAGCUGAAGUAUUCCGGUUGCUUGACGUUGUCUUUAGCACACUGCGUGCCCGGCAUCGGACAUACGAAGAAGCACUUAUCAGUGAUGACACCGAGUAUUACCGGUCUCUCCUCAAUGUGCUCUUCCUGGCCCUCCAGUUCCAUUUGCCAGGGCCCAACCGCGCCAGCCCUGAAGCCCUCAACAAGCAACCGAGCGUCUCGUCCGACUUGAGCGUGGUGGUUGAUAUCGUGAAGACCGUUGUAGCACAGGGAUUCAAGUCGCUUACUACGUAUCUGCACGAGCAGCCUGAGAAGUGCGCGCCCAAGGACUUUGCCAUUAUCAUCGCCAUUCUUCAAACCUGUCUACAAGUCAAGAAUGCGGAUCGGUUCUAUGAGCACAUUGCAUUCCAUAUUGCUGAGAAUGACAUUGCUCGCCAUGCCACUACCUUGUUCUCCUGGGCAGACCAGUUGACUGUGGCGGGAGACCCGAUCUACGGUGAUCUCAGCAUCUCGAUUCUCGUCAAGAUGUCCACACUUCCUCUACUAGCUGAGCAUCUUGCCGUGGAGGGCGUUUUGAUGAAAUUGUCAACGUGCCGUCUCACCAACGUCCUUCGGCAACCCAAGGGCUUCGGCCCCUUCGACCCUAUCCCCCGACUGUACACUAUCUGGACCGGUGGUUUCCUCCCUCUGUGCCUGAACCUGCUCUACAGUGUCGUUCGGGCGGCGCCGGAAGUUGCCGCCUUCCUCAACCAGUUUGAAGGCCAGCUUAACUGGGCAUCAGAGUGCUUCUCCUCACCUCAUGCAACAGUGGCCACCCCGAGUCCAUCGGCACAGUGGAUUAGCCUGAGCAUGGCCUCCGAGGCAUACUCGCUUGCCUUGAUCUCAUUCAUCCUCACUCGCUUCCGCGAAGCAGGUGCCAGUGCCGGGCUGGACGCACAGUCCAUCCAGGACCUGAAAUGGGACAAGACCCAGGUCAAGGAGGACAUUGAGGAGUUACUAGGUCGCCGCCCUGCGCUGCGGGCUCGUAUUGUCGCUACCAAUGAGAAGGAGGUGGAAUGGUCGCGACAGAAGCCGGCCGACUCGGGAUCUGGAGCCGAGAACCGGCUGGAAGAGAAGGUUGUGAGCGAGCUACGGGCCGCGGUGGCUUGUCUCGGGGGCGAGGAGGAUUCAUGAUAACCAUGUUGAUUUUAUAGCCUUUCAAAGUGUUUUUUUCUUAUAGGUUUGACUAUUCGCACGACAAAUAAUCUUCUCGCACGACGAGGUUGGCCUAGUAAUACCGGCAAUCACUCAAAUCUGCUAUGUCCUUGAUUAUUCUAGAUUGUAUACGUCAACGCUUUUCUGGUUACCCUCGUUGAGAGUGAUACGUGAUGUGGAGUACUAGUAGCAUGACCCAUUCGUAUAUCA